AUGCCCUCGCCACUACCUUCAAGCUUUGCCUCUGCGGCUGCUGGCAACACCCAAGACCCUAGGAGAGAUAGCAGUGUCGGUGGAGGAGAAUGGACACGGUCUCGCAUGAACGGCGCAACUCAAACGUUCCGCCGUCCAUCUGUUGCGACAAAUCUUUCACAUACUCGUGAUAGUAGCCAACCCAUGUCCGCUUCCACUCCUACUUCUGCUGCAUACAUCCCUCCUCAUCUGAGUUCCAGCUACCAGCCUCGCAACGGCUCUACUGCCGAUAGUCGAUAUUCCAAGGAACAACUUCUAAGCAUCUUCAAGACUCAGCGAGAUUCAGGAACGUUGGGAAAGAACAUGGGCGACCACUUCUUGGCGACGUGGAACCCGCUCGAAGAUAGUUCAUCUACAAACGGUGCCUGGGGGAAGCGAGAGGACCAGAAGGAUCCCUCUUCAGGCCCAGAAGUCUGUUGGGAUCACCUAGGGCUGCAUGGACCGUUGGCGUUAUCAGAUCUGACUGACGAAGAGAGAGAGCUGUUUACAACCACUGUCAAUUCCCCGCUCAAGCCCCCGCCGUCAAGCGCUUCCAAGGACAAUGCUGGGCCGGUUACUGGGCGCAAGUCGUCCAUAUCACAUGCUAACACCUUCAGCACUUCAUCCCCUAACUCUGCACGACCUCCUGCUCGACGCCGCGAAACCCAAGAUUCCACCGGAAAUCCAAUGUCACCAACAAGUGGCACUCGUUUCUUCCGAGAAGAACCUAAUACAACCACCCCCCCUCCUUCCCUCUUACGUCGCAAAACCGACAUUCGUGAUUCGAGCUCUACAAUCAGACCCGAAGACAAGGACAAGGCAAAGGAAAUAACGGGUCGGGAAGGCUCAGACAUUUCGUCUCCAUUUGGCUCGUUGAAACGCAGCACCACUAACCCAGUCGUGAGUGGGUUGGCUGGAGCGACAUCUCCAUGGCCCUCAGGUUCUCAAAAUUCGCCAAUGGGUGCUUUUGGUAGCUUCUCACUUGCCGGUUCCAAUGCUCAGCCUAGUCCCGCGACUGAAAAACGGCCUGGUUAUGGUAGCCUCCGCGGUGAAAGCAGAUUCAAAGGUCUCCUGUCGAAGGACAGCUCAGAAGAUGUCGGGAGAGACAAGGCCUUGCAAAGAGGACUAGAUCGUCUUACCGAGGAUGAAGGGGGGAGUCGCUCUCAUUCUCCGUGGGGUGAACCAGUCAAGACUCGCGCCGUCCGUAGUGAAACGAAUCCGUUUGACGAGGCCCGGAGUGGGAGUGCCUCUCUUGGAGGGUCUCAGGAAGUAGCGUCUGGCGUCGACGAGCUUGGAUUCUCUGCUUUUGGCAUGACGGCUGGUGUUCCCGGUCUCCGCGAAUUGAUAGGCCGCGGCGAGGAUCCUCAAAGCCCCUUCCAUGGCCUACCUGGUUUGGAACCAGCUAGCCCAACGAACACCAACCCGUACCAGAGCCCUCGAGGCGAAAAGGUAGAGGAAGAUGUGGACACGGAUGGCUCAGAUGUUCAGCGUACUCAACACCCCGGUUUGAGUGGGUUACGGGACGAAUCAUCUGCUUUUGGGUCUAUUCGACGGGCCGGUUCUGGCUUGGAUACGUCUGUUGGCGACCGUAGCCAGACUUCUAGCGCUGGACCUGGCAGAAACUUUUCAGGCUUGGGCGGGCUUGGUGCUGUUCCUGGUCUUGGUGGAGCAAGUGGAUGGCCAUCCGCUGGGGCUAUUGGUACACCAACACGAGAAAGAUCUGCAUUCACUGGGUUUGGUGAUCCUAUUUUUGGCUCCGUGGCAGAAAUGCAAUCCCCGAGUCUUUCCAGUCUUGGCGGGGGUGGGUUCUUUGGAUCUCAUGCCGGUCUUAGCAAUACAGGAAGCAUUGGUCGAACCAGUAAAAUGGGUGCCCUGUUCCCUUCUGCAUUGCAGGAACAGAUGCAGGGUCUAGACGAUGGAAGCAGACAACAAGGUAGGGUUUUAUUCGACGCACGCCAUAAUGAGCUCAUGUCUGAUGCCGAAAUAGAACUCAAUACCUCAUCGUCAGCUUCAUCGCAAGUACCUAUCACUUCGUCUACAAGUGCGCUACAUACACCUCUAGCAGCAUCAGGAGAAGGCCCUCAGACUAGUCAAACUCCGUCUGCUGGGAGUUCUGGUACAAUACCUACUGCUCAGCAACGUACUAUGGUCAUGCCAGAUCGCAUGCGGUGGAUUUAUCGCGAUCCGCAGGGCAAUAUCCAAGGGCCAUGGUCAGGAUUGGAAAUGCAUGACUGGUUCAAGGCAGGCUUCUUUACAGCUGAAUUGCAAGUCAAGAAACUGGAAGAUCCUGAAUUUGAACCUCUGGCUCAGCUUGUACGUCGCAUUGGUAACUCUCGUGAGCCAUUUUUGGUGCCUCAGAUUGGUAUUCCUCAUGGCCCUGAACCUACUUCUGCCGCCUGGACCGCCCCUUCGCAGACUGGAGCAGCGCAGCCACCGUUUGCCAACAGUUUUCCAACCUUUGGAACGACAUUAACUGCAGAGCAACAAAAUGCCUUGGAAAGAAGAAAGCAGGAAGAGCAGUACCUCAUGGCUAGACAGAAGGAACACCUUGCUCAGCAACAGGCAAUGAUGAAGCAAAUCCAAUUACAAGGUGGACCACACAAUAUACAGCCGCCUCUCCAGCACCAAUCCAGCGCACAUAGCCUACAAAGUCAACCUAGUUUUGGAAGCAUCAAUUCUCCUGCGGCUGGUUACCAACCCAGUCCAAUCCACGGACCUAUUCAACCUCCACAGGCUAUGCCAGGCUACUUUGAUGCCCCUUUCAGACAGAAUUCUCUUUCCUUGGGCCCGCAGAUCCUUGGUACCGAUUUUGGAUCGCAUGAUGAACUGCCGGGAUUGCUCGACCGUUUGAACAUAAACCGAUCAGGUCCCUUUCCUUUGAAUAGUCAAAGUUCAUUUGGCAGUCGCCAGCAAGAAGCCGGCGUAAACUCUCAACAGAUUAACUCGAUGCUCCAGGAUCGUGCUCGUCUCCAGCAAGAGCAGGACCAAUAUGACAAGAGUCACCCGGACAGUCUGUUUGAACAGCAAGCUCGCGAAGAGCGUCUUCGUCAAUUUCAUGCACUACGUACUGACGAGGAAGAACUUGCGUUAAGGGGCGGAGAAGGGCUACCGACUCACCCGACAGCUGCUUUGGCACAGCAAGUUGAACAGGCUCAGCUUGGAGAUGAGGAAGACGAUUUUUUGGAAAACGACGACGAAUCUGAAGUAUCACCCGGUGAACCAUUGUCUCUUUCACAGCAAGUCCAGAAAGCAGCUACGGCCCAGAGACAGCAAAAACAAGCACAGACCGAAGCCGCCUGGACAGUAAAGGGAGACCCUGGCAUUCCACAUCCAUUUCCCCCUCCGCCUUCUGCAUCGCCCCUACCUGCGCCAGCAGCCCAGCGGAACCGUCAAAAUGUAGCUGACGCUCUUGCUGCGACUUCACGUUCACAAAGUCAGACUCCUAUUGACACCCCGUCUACUUCUAUAGCUCCUUGGGCCAAGGAUACCACCGAAGCACCAAAGGGUCCGUCUCUGAAGGAAAUCCAGGAAGCAGAAGCACGAAACGCGGCUCAACGAGAAGAGCUUGCAGCCCAGGCUCGUCGCGCUCAAUUUAUAGCCGAACAGGAGCGUCUUAGCCAAGCUCAGCAAGCAGCCGCACCUGGAUUGCCUUCAACGGCCAACUGGGCCAGUGGAGCCUCUCCUGCGCCCCCUAGUACUGCAAGUUCAGUUUGGUCCAAGCCUGUCGCGAAGGCCACCACAGCUCCUGCAAAGACCCUUGCUCAGAUUCAAAAAGAAGAGGAAGCUCGCAAGCAGAAAUUAGCUCAGGCUACUGUCGUACAGACCACUGCAGCCAGCCCUACUGGAGCGUCGGCGGCGGCUGCUGCUGCUGCUGGAAAGCGAUAUGCCGACCUUGCUAGCAAGGUGGCCUCACCUAUGGCUCCUACAGCAUCAGGUGCAUGGACUACGGUGGGCGCCGGAGGUAAAGCUAAAGCACCACCAGUCGUUGCGCCAAUUUCACCAGCUGCGCCAGCUGCAGCUCGCUCUGCCAGUGCUACGAUGGUCGUCCCACAAGUAGCAAAGGCAAAACCAGUGGCGCCGAUCAGGACAGUCACAGUCGGCACCAUUCCAACCGCCAACCCGAACCGCGCUACUGAAGAGUUUACGAAAUGGGCCAAGAUCACUCUCGGAAAGGGACUCGACAACGGGAUCAAUGUUGACGAUUUUGUCCAGCAACUGCUACUUCUGCCUGUCGAAGCAGAAAUCAUUUCAGACUCUGUGUACGCGAAUUCUCAGACACUGGACGGCCGCCGUUUUGCGGAUGAAUUCAUUCGCCGUCGCAAACUGGCAGAAAAGGGAAUCGUGGAGCCUGUCAGUGCAGAUACCAAGGGUUCUUCUGGUGGCUGGAAUGAAGUUGCAAAGAAAUCAUUCAGUCAACCCAAGCCCGAAGAGGAUGUCACUGCUACGUUCAAGGUUGUUGCGGGGAAGAAGAAGGGCAAGCGGUAG